AUGGCGGCCACUCCCCUUCCUUCCCCUCGUCGAAUCUUGACUGCCACUGACUCUCAAGGUCUACCAGUGGUAUUGGACGAUACAACCCCUUUUGCCAAUGACAAUGAGGAGUUAAAAGCUUUUGUCGGAUAUGUCCAGCCGGAUUUGACUGGGAAACCAGAUCAAGCUUUCAAGUACUCGGAAUAUAAACCUACUAAGAUUAGUCAUGAUGAUCAAGUAUCGUUAAGAUGGGUCGAUAUUCCACCUAACUAUAAAGGGGAUCAACAUUACACUAAUACCUUCGACUACAUAAUUGUGACCCACGGCGAACUCGAACUGUCCUUACCAGACGGUCAAACCAAGAACGUCAAAGUCGGCGAUGCAGUGGUUCAAGCUGCCAAUAUUCACGCUUGGAACAACAAUACUGAUCAAUGGGCAAGAUUCGUCGGUGUGGUGGUGCCCUCUGAAAGUGUUAAAGUCAACGGUAAAACGCUUGAUCAACCCCCCAUCAAUGGUUAUCACGCUCAGUUUUAA